CAGCUGUCAAAAUUCAACACACGAACACGAAUCGUCGUCAGUCGCGACAUUUUCUUUUUCUUCGUUCGCGCACAAAGAAAAAAAGUGUUUUUCUGCGUCUCGGAAGCGUUUAUUCCGUAAUUUUCGGUAGUCUUCUGGGAAUUUGGCAGCAGAGGCUCGCGGUGCGACACAAUGUCGCUAUCCAGCAUACUUCCAGCCCCGUCCAAUCCCAUCUGGGAUCGCGACGACGAACGUAAACAUGUCGCCAAGGGAACUCCUUCGAUGGGAGCGCUGGUCAGUGCCAAGAUCGCAGCUCCUCCCUAUGGACAGCGGAAGGGAUGGGUUCCCCGGACGGAAGCGGAUUUCGGCGAUGGUGGAGCGUUUCCGGAGAUUCACGUAGCACAGUAUCCGCUGGGAUUGGGUGCUCCCGGGAAUGCAAACAAAAAAUCGAAUGCUCUGGCCGUGCAGCUGGAUCAGAGCGGGAAAGUUAAGUAUGAUGCCAUCGCGCGACAGGGCCACUCCAAGGACAAGAUUGUUUAUUCGAACAUUAAUCAGCUGCUGCCGGCGGAAGUGCUGGCCGAGGAUGCCGAAGAGCUGCGAAUGCCCGAUCAGGAAGCGAUCGAUGAAAUCACGGAGAAUACCAGGAAGGCCCUGGAGAAGCUGACGAAUCAAAAGAUUGUGUCCGCUAUGCCUGUACGUGCGGCGGAGAAACAAGCUCCGGCCCAGUACAUCCGCUACACACCCUCCCAACAGGGAGAUGCUUUCAAUUCCGGGGCCAAGCAGCGGGUGAUUCGGAUGGUGGAAGCUCAGGUUGAUCCGAUGGAACCACCUCGUUUCCGUAUCAAUAAGAAGAUUCCUCGAGGGCCACCUUCGCCCCCGGCUCCAGUUCUGCACUCCCCGACCCGUAAGGUGACGGUCAAAGAACAGCGAGAAUGGAAGGUACCGCCGUGCAUUUCCAACUGGAAGAACGCUAAGGGUUACACGAUUCCGCUGGACAAACGUCUGGCCGCCGAUGGUCGGGGUCUGCAGCAGGUUCACAUUAACGAGAAGUUUGCCAAAAUGGCCGAAGCGCUGUAUAUUGCCGAUCGAAAGGCCCGCGAAGCGGUCGAGGCACGUGCCCAGCUGGAGAAGAAGCUGGCCCAGAAGGAGAAGGAGAAAAAGGAAGACAUGCUGCGGCAGAUGGCUCAGCGUGCUCGUGAGGAACGUGCCGGAAUCCGUCACCCAGGGGAAAUGGCCGGUGGCAGCGGAGCUGGGGGAGAUCCGGGCCUAGUCCCCGCCGAUCUGCGGGAACGCGAUGAGAUUCGUGCCGAGCGACACCGAGAACGUGCUCGAGACAGGAAUUUGGCCCGGGCAGCGCCGGACAAGCGAUCGAAGCUGCAACGGGAACGGGAGCGCGAUAUCUCCGAACAGAUUGCCCUGGGAAUGCCGGCCAAAUCGUCGCUCGCCGGCGAGGCGCAGUUCGACCAGCGGCUGUUCAACACCUCCAAGGGAAUGGACUCCGGCUACGGGGAUGACGAGGCGUACAACGUGUACGACAAACCGUGGCGCGAAGCCGGAACACUCGGAACGCAUCUGUACCGGCCGAGCAAGGCGCUCGACAACGACAACUACGGUGCGGAUCUGGAUCAGAUUAUGAACACGCAGCGGUUCGUGCCGGACAAGGAGUUCAGCGGAACGGAUCGUUCGGCACAGGCGGCCCGCCAAGGACCGGUGCAGUUCGAGAAGGAGGAGGAUCCGUUCGGGCUGGAUCAGUUCUUGAACAUGGCUAAGAAGGCACCCAAGCGCAAGGAGGAUGCCAUGGCCGGCGGGAGCAGCAGCAAUCGCGACAAGGACCGCAAGAAGCGGCGUGAUUAAGAAGGUUUGAUUUUGCUUCUACAUAUUCUUUAGGUUGAUCUUUAUUGUUUAGGUUCAUACACACACUUUGCGUAACAAUUGAGGGUAAUUAUCAUAAUGAAAACUGAUUAAUUAGCGCCCAUAAA